AUGCAGCAUACAGAGGCUGGAAAGCCUUUAAUUAAAUUCAGCCACUGUAAGAAAUACAUCUACAGCUUCAGUGUGCCCCAAAGCUGCCCCCUCUGCCAGCAAGUCAUGGGCUCAAGGAAGCUGGAGGAAGCACCUGUUAGCAUCUCCAAUCCAUUUACCAACGGGCAUCAAGAAAAAUGUUCAUUCCUCCUCAGACCAACUCAAGGGACGUUCCUUAGGGAGUAUGACGGAAGAUCCGAUCUUCAUGUCGGAAUAACCAAUACAAAUGGAGUUGUAUAUAAUUACACCACGCAUGGCGUCCAGCGAGACGAAGCAGGGUGGGAGCAGAGUGUAAGCAUCCCGUUACUGCAGCCUGGCAUGUUUGGACUGAUGGAUCAGUGGGACAAGUACCUGGACGACUUCUCCGCCACGGGGGCCUGGCUGCCCCAGAGGUAUGAAGAAGACCGUCACAACUGCUACAGUUACACCCUCACAUUCAUUAACUGCAUUCUGACCACAGAAGGCAAGGAGCAACUGGGCAAAGACGAGUUCAUUGAGAAGUAUGUGCUUCCAAGGACGAGGAAGGCCUCCAAGUACAUCACACUGUACCGGGUGAUAGAAGAGCGUGGCUUCUACGUGACCGACCACCCGGAUGAAGAGACAGACCCUCCUGAGGGGAGCGCUGCGUGCUGA